AUGCCCUCUCCUCUCACGCAGCGACUACAAGCGCUGGGAGAUUCUUACAAGCAAACUUCAGCUCUGAUCCAAGAGCUCAAAAACUUCAACCCCGAUGCGACCAAGAACGAUGACGCGGAUCGACCGCGACUGGAUCUUGCCAAUGAAAUCCAUGCCAACCUCAAAGAACAGGAGGACACACUAGAAAUUUUGAGACAGGAGGUGAAUGAUGACAAUAUCCCGCAAAAUAGACGAGAGGUGCCUUCGGAUACAUCUUCUCGCGACAACGAGGCCAAUCAAAAUGUGGAUAUGGUAGUGAGGUUGACAGAGGACCUAAGGAGCGCAAGAGCAGCGUUCCGACGUGCACAACUGCAAGCGAAGAGGCAAUGCGAUGUCAUCAAACGAAAAGAGCGGGAGUCAUUAUUCUCCGACCGGAGGUCGUCGGUCGAGGCUGGCGACUCCAAAAGAAGAUCCAAACAUGAGAAACUAUCCCAAGACGAGCUCGCGUUGCGAUCUGCAGAGGAUGUCACUCAGGCACUGCGGAGAGUACAUGCCCAGCUAGAAGGAGAACUGCAGCAAUCACAAUUCGCUCAACAGACUUUAGACGAAAGCCAGGAGGCUCUCAAAAGCCUGACCGAGAGUUACUCUGGGACUACCGAUUUGUUGAAAGCAUCCAGGGGCCUGGUGAGCCAGCUGGUCCGCAGCAACAAAAGCGACACUUGGUAUCUGGUAUCUGCGUGGUACCUACUGGCUGGCACCCUGUUGUGGUUGUUUUACCGAAGGAUUCUCUAUGGGCCGUCUUUGUUACUCAUCUACUACCCAUUCCGGAUGCUAUGGUUCACUUUAAGCAGUCUUGGUAGUAUUGGAGCAGCGUUCCUCGGAGGAAAGCCUGUCUCGGACUUGCAAUCACCAUCUCAACCAACUCUUUCGGAGGCCGGCCAACAUUAUACAGCAUUCUCUUCGAAGAUUCCAGGUGCAGACGGAAUCUCCGGCGACAUUCCUGAGUCUAGCAACACAGAUGAAUCUGCAAUUGAGCAUAUCAGCCGUCUUGCUGGGCAAACAGGGAGCAAAGCUGCAGACGGAGCAGAGGCGAGAAACACUAAGAAAAGAAUGAUGGAAGUAGACGUCGACAUACCGCCAGCUCAAGCAAGAGAUGAGUUAUGACCUAGAUCUAGCGUAAUAAAUUAAUUGAUGAC